AAAAACGGAGCAGCAAUGGCUGACGCCAGUGAACGAUGAAGAUAUUGAAGAUUCUAUUCAGUUACCAGCUGUGCAUCCUCUCAGUUCUUUACCGAGUUUAGGGCUGAUAGUCUUCAACUGAAAUCAAGAAGUUUUCACAUGUACUUAAUUACACUUAAAACAAGUUUUACCCCGCAAUUAACGAGGUACGCAUUUGACGUUUGCGAGAGGUUGGAAUUUCAUUUCAAGGAUAUGCGCGGGCGUUUCGAUUUCCUUUGUAGAAGUGUUUGUUUUUUAACUUGAAAAGUAAUUCAAAUUGUAAAGGGAUUUAUAUAGUUGUGGUUUCAACUCUGAUUGAAUUCGUGGGGAAUUCAAAUGCGCGUUUUCGGUAUUCUAUUGGCUGUAGUUUUGCUAACUUUGGACCUUCACCACCAGUUACAUUGCUAAAACAAGAAGAAUUUCUUCAAUGAAUCAGUAUUACUAGCUUGAAAAAACUAUGCAACAAAGAUGUCAAAUUGGAACAGAGGAGAUGGUAAAGGUCCAAUACCACCACGCUGGUUGCACUGUCCCAGAAAGUCUACGAAACUCAUACACAAGUUUUUGGCUUUCAAGACACCCCUAUCCUCCGACUUUGACAGUCAGGUGCCAGAAGGAUGUCGCUUUUCUGUAGAAAUGCUAGUUGCUUCCUUGAAGAGUAAGAGACUCAAAAUGGGUCUUUGGAUUGACUUGACAAAUACCAAUAGGUUCUACGAUAAGAAUGAAAUAGAGAGAAAUGGUAUGCGCUACCUCAAACUUCCGUGUAGAGGUCAUGAUGAAACUCCAUCAAUAGAUCAAACAAAGUCGUUUGUUCACAUUUGUAAAAAUUUCAUAGCCCAGCAUCCGCUGGAAAUUAUUGGUGUUCACUGUACGCAUGGUUUUAACAGAACAGGGUUUCUCAUAGUUAGUUAUUUGGUAGAGACAGAUGAAUACAGUCUGGAUGCAUCUUUAGCACGCUUUACAGAUGCUAGACCACCAGGAAUUUAUAAAGGUGAUUACAUUGAAGAAUUGUACAGAAGGUAUGAUGAUCCAGAGGAUACCCCUGAACCUCCCCCACGACCUGCAUGGUGCUUAGAGUAUGACGAUUCCAAUGUGGAAGAUCAAGAUGAAGACACAAGUGUGGAGUCGGAUGUUCAAGAGCCUCCACAGAAGAAACGCAAGAGAGAGCAGUUUAAGAAGAAUCCAGUUUUCAUGGCUGGUGUGCCUGGAGUUAAGACUAUUACGGACAUUCAAAUAGCGUCGGGCAUUCAACGACGCAUCCAAGAUAUUUGCCAUUGGAAAAGUAGCGGUUUCCCUGGAGCGCAACCUGUUUCUAUGGAUGUUGAAAAUAUUCGACUUUUGCACGAGAAACCAUACAGAGUUUCUUGGAAAGCUGAUGGCACUAGGUACAUGAUGAUGAUACAAGGAGAUGGACAAGUUUAUUUCGCGGACCGAGAUAACAGCAUUUUCCAAGUAGAAAGACUGACUUUUCCUCACUUGAAGGAUAGCAAUAGGAGAUUAAGAGAUACACUUCUGGAUGGGGAAAUGGUGAUAGACAAGGUUAACGGCAAGGAAAUGCCUCGGUAUCUUGCCUACGACGUGAUUAUGUUUGACGGCAAAGACGUCAGUAAAUUAUCGUUUUAUCCUGACCGUUACACGAUAAUCGACCGAGAAAUCAUAGCAGCCCGACGUCAUGCCAUGCAGCAAGGAAAAAUACUGCGUGACAAGGAACCUUUUUCAGUGAGAUUAAAAGAGUUUUGGGACAUAAGACAAACCAGCAGUCUGCUCAGUGAAAAAUUUGCUAAGCAACUCAGUCACGAGCCCGACGGCUUGAUUUUCCAACCGUCCAAAGAGCCCUACAAAGGCGGUCCGUGUCCGGAUAUUUUGAAAUGGAAACCCGCUAGUUUGAACUCUGUUGACUUUAGAUUGAAAAUUGUCGUGGAAAGUGGUGAAGGAAUCGUUCGGAAAUCGAUUGGUGAACUGUAUGUUGGCACUCUGGACAGACCAAUGGCAACAAUUAAAAUGACAAAGGCGCUUAGAGAACUGCAUAACAAAAUAAUUGAGUGUAAAUUUGAAAACAAUCAGUGGGUCUUCAUGAGGGAAAGAACUGACAAGUCUUUUCCGAAUUCGUACAACACUGCCAUGGCGGUGUGCCAAUCUAUCAGUAAUCCUGUGACUAAAGAAAAACUUUUGGACUUUAUACACAAGCACAGGUUUUCUCUGGACGAGGAACUAAUGCCACCUCCAAGAAUAAGGUGACAGAAUCAUGUAAAUUUAAAUUUAUUAUUUACGACAUAAGUAUGUUAUGCAUAAGAUGAACAAAUAAAGAAAUUUAUACAGAACGCCGGAUAUCCUUGCUGUUGUGAUCUAAUGUUUGUACAUACACUAUUUUUGCAAGUAAGGAUAUGGAUAUUGUAAAUCAACAUUAAAAAAUAUUUCUAUGUAUGGUAAAA